AUGUCCAAUACCUGGAUAUCAAAGCUAGUAGAAGCAGGUGCAUACAUUCAUGACGGACUCCAGAUACAAGACUUUCCUGACACUGGACGUGGAAUUGCAACAAGUUCAAAAUUGAAACAUCGAGAACGAAUACUUCACAUCCCAGCCCAUUUGACAUGGUCUAUCGAUUCUGCCCGUGCUGAUUCGAAAAUCGGACAUUUGAUUACUGAUGAAGUGUCGAUAAACGAUGCAAUUGCCUUGCUGUUGUUGCAUCAUCGUUCCAAAUAUUUGGCAGCUGAAAAAGACGAUGAAGAAGCUCUAGAUUGGAGGAUGCUUCACCUCAAGCACCUCCCAAAAGAAUACUCAAGCACUCUCACCUUUGACUCAGACGAGCUCGCUAUUCUUGAAGGAUCAGUAGUCUACAGCACCACAAAACUGCUAGAAGAUCAGAUUGCCAAUGAUUAUGAAGUGCUAUCUCGUACAGUGUUAUGUCACAAGGAUUUGUUUCCACCUUCUUGUUGUGCGCUUGUUGAUUAUAAAUGGGCUCUCCUUACAGUAUAUAGUCGAUGCAUGGACAAUGUGAAUCGAGAAAAGGAUCGGAGGAUGGCACCGUUUGCAGACAUGUUUAAUCAUAGUGAGGAAUCCGAGGCCGUUCAUAUGGUUGAUGAGACUGGUAUUACCGUGUUUGCGUCCAGAGAUUAUGAGUCUGGACAGCAAGUAUAUAUAAGCUACGGACGCUUUGGAAAUGAGAAAAUGCUAUGGGUGUAUGGCUUCAUAAUAGAAAACAAUCUACGAGACAGUUAUCCUCUCGUACUCCACACGAAUGAAGAAGCAGAUCUAUACAACGUCAAAUCAGACUUGUGGAAACAAGCGAAUUUGACACCAACAUCAACAAUCCCCUUAACUAUGUCGAAUCCUCUACCAGUUGAAAUACUUCAAUAUCUUCGAAUUCAACGGUUUAGGCCCGAGGUUUACGCCACGUCACGGUCCCAACCACCGUUUCGACAACUAGUUAGCUAUGAAACCGAACACAGCAUAUUGGCGGACUUGAAAUCUGCAUUUCAAGGACUGCUGCAAGAGUUUAGGCCCCGGGAUGAGUUACAGAGGAUUUCAGAAUCUGGUGCCAAGUUUACAAAACGAUGGAUGGCUGCCGUUACUGCGUCGAGUCAAUAUAAUAUCCUAGUAAAGUCGCUAGAGAAAGUUGAAAGAGAGAUGGAGGUGUUACAAUGUGGGAAUUGUGGGAAGGUGGAUGACCAAAACAAAUACUGUAGUCGAUGUUUGAAAGUGUUGUACUGCUCGAGAGAGUGUCAAAAGAAGGCCUACAAGGAACAUAAAAAGACAUGUGUGGCUCCAUAA